UAGUAGGCAUUUGUUUGUUUCUCCCAAUAGAAAAAUUCCGAAGAGAGAAUAAAAAAUAAAAAGAAAGAAAAGCGAGUUUUAGUAGAAAUAUCUCAUCCUAUAUCGACUUCACUAUCCCUUCUUGGCAAAAAUAGGAUAGUCCAGUUUGGGUUCCGCUUCAUAACAGACAUGCUGGCUGCUUCUCUAUUGAUUUCAGCUUAGGUUUUCUCGAUGUUAACGUUAAAAUACGUAACCAUUCGCGAAAAAUGAGAAGAGAAUACAAUUCUAAAACGUUUAUUAAGAAGUUUAAAAGGACAUUGAGAUUAUGAAGAAGUUUAUGUCAGAUAAAUAUUAAGAAAUAAAAAAAAAAAAUGGAACCAAUGAUUGGUACUGAAGCUUCUCCAGAAGAGCUAAAGAAAGCAUUAGAAUGGGAAUUAAGUCUAAGUAACAGCGAUUUGAGAAGUCACGCCUGGUAUCACGGGACCAUCCCUCGUCAAAGAGCGGAAGAGCUAAUGUCGAACGAUGGCGAUUUUCUGAUCAGAGACUGUAUAUCCCAUCCCGGCGACUACGUACUGACGUGUAAAUGGAAAAACUCGUCGCUACAUUUUGUUAUUAAUAAGGUUGUUUUCCAACCCUUUACAGUCUACGAGAAAGUACAGUAUCAGUUUGAAGAAGACAGUUUUGAUACAGUACCUGAUCUAGUAACUUAUUAUGUAGGUAAUAAGAGAGCAGUGUCGGCCGCUUCUGGAGCUAUUAUAAAUUGUCCCGUAAACCGUACAAUGCCACUUACAUAUUAUGCUAGCAGAUACGGAUUGCAGUGUCAACUCCAUUAUGCUGCACUGGCUGCCGAAACAGAUAUCAGAGAAGCCGAUCGAAGUCCGUGUUUGGCAAGAAGACAUUCGCAACCCUGCGAGGACGGAAGUUUGUCGGCAGAAUCUCAUCCCGGCACCUUUAACAAAACGGCCACUUCUUCCGUUGCAGGAUUUGCAACUCUGCGGCCACAUCAUCAACCUGCAGGAUGGAAAGGAAUGGCAAGAAUUGGUAGCGAUCCUCAGCUUAGUCCCACCCAAGAGCGAGAUGGCCCUCCACCCAAACCUAGUAGACUACCUAGCCAACAUGUAUACACAGAACCCAUUUAUAAAGAUGGCAAUGCUCCAAGUAACGGCCAUUCACCAAAUAUCAACAUAACAGAUAUGUCAACUCCAAAUUUAAAUCCCCCAUCUUGUUACGACUUAAAUAAAUUUGCAACCACAUUACUUCAAACAGAAAACAAACCUCUAUUGAAGGAACCAAUGAUUGGUACUGAAGCUUCUCCAGAAGAGCUAAAGAAAGCAUUAGAAUGGGAAUUAAGUCUAAGUAACAGCGAUUUGAGAAGUCACGCCUGGUAUCACGGGACCAUCCCUCGUCAAAGAGCGGAAGAGCUAAUGUCGAACGAUGGCGAUUUUCUGAUCAGAGACUGUAUAUCCCAUCCCGGCGACUACGUACUGACGUGUAAAUGGAAAAACUCGUCGCUACAUUUUGUUAUUAAUAAGGUUGUUUUCCAACCCUUUACAGUCUACGAGAAAGUACAGUAUCAGUUUGAAGAAGACAGUUUUGAUACAGUACCUGAUCUAGUAACUUAUUAUGUAGGUAAUAAGAGAGCAGUGUCGGCCGCUUCUGGAGCUAUUAUAAAUUGUCCCGUAAACCGUACAAUGCCACUUACAUAUUAUGCUAGCAGAUACGGAUUGCAGUGUCAACUCCAUUAUGCUGCACUGGCUGCCGAAACAGAUAUCAGAGAAGCCGAUCGAAGUCCGUGUUUGGCAAGAAGACAUUCGCAACCCUGCGAGGACGGAAGUUUGUCGGCAGAAUCUCAUCCCGGCACCUUUAACAAAACGGCCACUUCUUCCGUUGCAGGAUUUGCAACUCUGCGGCCACAUCAUCAACCUGCAGGAUGGAAAGGAAUGGCAAGAAUUGGUAGCGAUCCUCAGCUUAGUCCCACCCAAGAGCGAGAUGGCCCUCCACCCAAACCUAGCAGACUACCUAACCAACACGUAUACACAGAACCCAUUUAUAAAGAUGGCAAUGCUCCAAGUAACGGCCAUUCACCAAAUAUCAACAUAACAGAUAUGUCAACUCCAAAUUUAAAUCCCCCGUCUUGUUACGACUUAAAUAAAUUUGCAACCACAUUACUUCAAACAGAAAACAAACCUCUAGAAUCAUCUACAUUGUUGCAGAUUAGACGUCUGUUAUUAGAAAAUGGUCCAAGAAUACUAGCAAAUCACUUGACUAGAAUUGAUUUAGAUAUGUUGAAAAAUAGCACGGAUUUUGAUUUUGGUUUAGGUGUGGUAUCGGGACUUGAACUAAUUACUUUGCCACAAGGAAAACAAUUACGAAUGGAUUUGAUGGAAAGGAAUCACUGUUUGAGAUACUUUGUAGCAGUGACAAUACUCACCUGUAGCAAUGAAGAAGAACGAGCAAAUCUGGUACAUAAAUGGAUUCAAAUAGCUAUAGAAACAAAAACUGCACUAGGAAAUUUAUAUGGAUUUACAGCCAUCAUGCAAGGUUUGGCUUUACAACAGAUAGAUCGCUUGAGGUCAACGUGGCUAACGGUUCGUCAAAACUUCACCGAAAAUGCAUUCACUUAUGAAACAAAAUUACGACCUACGCUUAAGUCAAUGCAAGAAUGCUCCAAUCCGCAAGCUCCCAACACUUGUAUUCCAUAUCUGUUAUCGCUGAUAACAAUAUUACAGCGGCAUAUAGAAGUAAUAGAAAAUAACGAAUUAAAUGCGGAACCACAAGUAGAACCAAGCGGUAAAAAAACCGUUAACAUUCUGUCUCUCGGGCUACAAUGGGAACAGAGUGCUUCGGAUUACGGACUUCAACUGCUCUUACUACAUCUAGAGUUGGGACGAACAUUUGUACAACAAUGCACAACAUACAGGAGGAACGGAGAAAUAGUAUUGGAUAACGUUAAGUUUGACAAUUCCAUUUUAGAUAUGUUCAAAACAGAAUUCCAUCUGAAGUUUUUAUGGGGAAGUAAAGGUGCUAAUGUUGCUGCAGCCGAAAGAUAUACUAAAUUCGAUCAAGUUCUGCAAGUUAUGUCAGAAAGGUGCGAGAGCAGUUAAUUAGCAUAUUUAAUUAAAUAUCUAAUUAAAUCAUUAUCAUAAGUAUACAGAUCAAGUUUUUGCUAUCUACCUCACGAGUUGUUUUGUACAUCAUGUAUAAUAUCUUUUUUUUAGAUUUGAUUUAUAUAUAUAUAUAUAUAUAUUAGCAGGACUAAUUUUUUAAAUAAGCACAAUUUCACUUUAAGAAGUUUUUGUUUUAAAUAUUAUAUGAGUAUCCGUAAAAUAAUUUGUCAAAUUUUGACAACCAUGGAAAAUACAUUCCAUAACAUACAAGUAUUUUUAUUUAUUAUAUAAAGCAGUUAAAAACAAAAAUGCUUUUAAAUUCAUUAUA